AUGUUAGUCACCGAUGAGCAGCUCGAGAAUAUCAGAGGACGUGUGGCCUCGUGGAUGGUUGCUUGUGAUGGCUCCCAUGAUAUGGCGCAUGUUGAGAGGGUCGUAGCCACUGUUAAGGAGAUCUAUAGCAAGGAGAAGGAGGAGAUGGCUGUAAAUGCCGAUCUCAAUCUGUUGUUGGCAAUUGCUUACCUGCAUGACACAUUUGAUAGGAAGUAUUGCGAGGAUACGGAGGCCAGGGCCCGGGAAAUUGUGGGGGAACUCACAACGGGACCCGAGGCUUUGUCUGAGCCGACUGCCAAAUUUAUCAUCGAUAGAAUCCAUAACAUGAGCUACUCCGCCGAGUUGAAGAAUGGCAUUAGUGAAGAAGUAGCCGUCGACCCCUACAUAGCCAUCGUACAGGAUGCUGAUAGAUUAGACGCUAUUGGGGCUAUUGGCAUUUGCCGAUGCAUGGUGUAUUCGGGGGCCAAUGGUCGUCCUAUUGUUAGUGAGGGUGGGGAGGAGGAGAUGAAGUUGCGACAAAAAUACGCGAAGAAGAGUCGGUCAGCAGUUGCCCACUUCUACGAGAAGUUGCUCCAACUAAAGGAGAGUAUGAAGACGCGGACGGGCGGGGAGAUGGCUGAGGAGAGGCAUCAAUUUAUGCUUCAAUUUCUCGAUCAACUAUUCGACGAAGUUAAGGGUGUCAAAUGA